GGCAAGGAGGGUGUUCUGGUAAAUAAAUAACACCAAAUACUAUAGCUGCAAUUUGCAUUUUGGUUCUGCAAGAGCUCGACAGAGUUUUCCAAACCUCGAGUAACGCAGGAAGAAGAACGAACCCACUCCUUUAACGAUUAUUGGGUUUUGAUGCUUGUCUGAGAAAACGGGCUGGAAGAACCUCCAGAAAAUCUCUAACUUUUGGUUCUUUUAAUCCGAAGAAAAUAGAAGAAAAAAGAGGGACUUCGAUGUUUUUCUGCAACUGGGUUUUGGUUGCCGGUUGAAGGAGUGUAUAGAGGCAUCAAAAAUAUUGAAGCUUUUUUGAUGCGUCGCUACUGGAAAUGCAGGAAGAAUAAUAAGCAUCGGUGGUGCUUGUUGGUUUUCUUGGCAGCAACAUCCUCUUCCAAUCAUCUUUAAUCGGCUGUUAAUGCAAUAAACUAUUGAGACCACACGAGAUUGUUGGUCCAUUCUUGUUGAGAUUGCGGAAAAAAAACAACAACAAAAUGGAAGAAGGAGAAAUUGAGGAGAGCGUUAGGCUGCUGGGUUCAGAGUCCAGAUGGGUUGACGGAAGCGAAUUUGAUUCAGAGUCACUUCCAUGGUCCUUGCUCGAAGAGGAGGCGAACAGGGAAAGACAUGGACAUAUUAGAAGAAGACUUUUGAGGAAGCCCGAUAGAAUAGAUUCUCUUGACGUUGAAGCAACGGACGUAUCUAAUUUUCGUGAUCACCAUAAGGAUCUAUCCAUUUGGCGCACACUUGCACUGGCAUUCCAAACACUCGGUGUGGUCUAUGGUGACUUGGGCACAAGUCCUUUAUAUGUCUUCAGUGAUGUUUUCAGCAAGGUGCCAAUAAAGUCAGAUGUUGAUGUCUUGGGAGCUUUAUCACUAGUGAUGUACACAAUUGCUCUUCUUCCUCUUGCAAAAUAUGUUUUCAUAGUUCUCAAGGCUAAUGAUAAUGGGGAAGGAGGCACUUUUGCAUUAUAUUCAUUGAUUUGCAGGUAUGCAAAUAUUAGUUUACUUCCCAAUAGGCAGCAGACUGAUGAACAUAUCUCUAGUUUUAAGCUCAAAUUGCCAACUCCCGAGUUAGAAAGGGCACUAAAUAUAAAGGAGGGUUUGGAAAGGAGAUCUUCCUUGAAGACCCUUCUACUGCUAUUGGUUCUGAUGGGGACUUCCAUGAUUAUAGGGGAUGGCAUUCUAACCCCAGCGAUGUCAGUAAUGUCCUCAGUGAGUGGCCUACAAGGUCAAAUUCCUGGGUUUGAUACAAAUGCUGUGGUUAUCCUAUCCAUUGUAAUCCUUGUGGGAUUAUUCAGCAUACAGAGGUUUGGGACUAGCAAAGUGAGUUUCAUGUUUGCGCCUAUACUGGCACUUUGGUUCUUUUGUCUGGGAUCUAUUGGAAUGUACAACUUAUUUAAGCAUGAUAUUACGGUUCUCAAGGCAUUCAAUCCAGCUUAUAUAUAUUACUUCUUCAAGAGGAACACUGCAGAAGCAUGGUCAGCACUAGGUGGCUGCGUUUUGUGCAUUACUGUUGCUGCAGGAGCUGAAGCAAUGUUUGCUGAUCUAGGCCAUUUCUCCGUUUUAUCUAUACAAAUUGCCUUCUCCUUUGUGGUGUUUCCCUGCCUUAUGUUGGCAUACAUGGGCCAAGCUGCAUAUCUAAUGAGAUAUCCAUCUUCUGCAGAACGAAUAUUCUAUGAUUCUGUCCCUGAUGGUCUAUUCUGGCCUGUACUUGUGAUAGCCACACUUGCUGCCAUGAUUGCCAGUCAAUCUAUGAUUUCUGCUACAUUUUCGUGUAUCAAACAAUCAAUGGCUCUUGGAUGCUUCCCAAGGCUGAAGAUAGUUCACACCUCUAGGAGACUCAUGGGUCAGAUCUACAUCCCCAUCAUCAAUUGGUUCCUGAUGAUCACGUGCAUUUUAGUUGUUGCUACUUUUGGGAGCACCACAGAUAUAGCCAAUGCAUACGGCAUCGCAGAGGUAGGUGUCAUGAUUGUGAGCACUGCCUUGGUGACACUUGUAAUGCUUCUAAUAUGGCAGAUCAACUUGUUCCUGGCUUUGUGUUUCCCACUUGUCUUUGGGAUGGUAGAGCUUAUCUACUUGUCUGCAGUCCUGACAAAGAUCAGGGAGGGAGGGUGGCUUCCACUUGCUUUUGCUUCUUGUUUUCUUUGUGUGAUGCAUACCUGGAAUUAUGGGAGUGUACUGAAGUACCAGAGUGAGGUCAGGGAGAAGAUCUCCAUGGACUUUCUACUUGAAUUGGGCUCCACUCUAGGGACUGUCAGAGUCCCAGGGAUUGGUUUAUUGUACAAUGAGCUGGUCCAAGGUAUUCCUUCAGUCUUUGGCCAGUUUCUACUCGGCCUUCCAGCAAUUCAUUCAACAAUCGUGUUUGUAUGCAUCAAGUAUGUUCCUGUGCCGGUCGUGCCUCAAGAAGAAAGGUUUCUGUUCAGAAGGGUCUGUCCUAAGGACUACCACAUGUUCCGCUGCAUUGCCCGUUAUGGAUAUAAAGAUGUAAGAAAGGAAGACCAUCAUGCCUUUGAACAGCUUUUGGUUGAGAGCCUUGAGAAGUUUUUGAGAAUAGAGUCUCAGGAGCUUGCAUUGGAGAACGGCAUAGAUGAGGAGCUUGACAGUGUUUUAUUGAGGUCAAGGGACUCUGAAUUCUCAGUCAAUGGUGCCGAGGAACUUCAGAUUCCAUUGAUGCAUGAUCAAAGAAUGGAGGACACUGACACUUUAAGCUCAGAGGAGCCCGUAUCCUUGUUUCCAUCUAGUGUCAUGUCAUUUAAUGAAGACCCAAGUCUUGAAUAUGAACUUUCAGCCCUUCGAGAGGCCAUGAAUUCAGGAUUUACGUAUCUUCUUUCUCAUGGGGAUGUGAGGGCAAGGAAGGAUUCUUGGUUCCUUAAGAAGCUGAUUGUAAAUUAUUUCUAUGCCUUCCUAAGGAGGAACUGUAGAGUGGGGGCUGCAAAUAUGAGUCUUCCCCACAUGAAUAUAAUGCGAGUUGGGAUGACAUAUAUGGUAUAGCCGAAGUCUGGGUUUACCUGACAAUACCACAAGUAAUUGAAAAGGCGACUUGGUAGUUGUAGUUUUAGGAACACCGUAACAUAUGUUGUUAGCUGCAUCUCCUUUAUUGUCAAUUUUGAUAAUUUUAACAGUCAUUGCUCUCUCUCUCUCUCUCUCUCUCUCUCUGAGAAGUAUGUAAUUGUUACAAGGACCUUUCUUUGGCAUGUUUCCCUGAAUCCACAUUAAAUGGGAAAUGCUUUUGCUUUAUGGUUACACGCAUGGAGAGCUCUCAUUUAGUUAUAGUGAGUGCAAGACAGCUAAAUUAUACCAUGAAACACGUAACUUUCUCUGUCCAUGCUAUUUUCAUGUGUUGUUUUGUGUGUAUAAUAGAUAGAUUAUCUUGUAGCCUGAAAAUCCGUUUUCUAUUGAAGAAACUUAUUGUUGAA